CUAAAAAUAGCCAUUUUGCUCACCUAUAAAAGUGUCCUAAACUAUACAUUAAUUCAGCAAUAUCUACCCUACCCACACAUGAUUCUGUAAACAAAUUUUGACAUUUGUUGCAUUGUUGAUGUUGACAUUUCAUACGUGUAGCAAAAUACGACACCGGUUUGAUAUUUGAUUAUGAUAAUUUUGAUCAACGUGUUCUGCUAUUUACAUGUGUAGACUGAUUUGAUUAAAAUACCACAAUGAUUUUUAAACUACUUUUAAUUCAGAUCAGCAUCAUUUUAGUGUCUAAGAAUGCAAUAGCAGAUGAUUCAUGUCAAACUUUUGCAGGUGGUAGUGUCUAUCCCCAUUCAGACAAAGGUCGAGAACACAACUUACAAGUUACCAAAGCAGUCAUUUCUAAACCAGCGCCAUUUUGGGAAAGUACUGCAGUCAGAAAUGGAGAAUUCAUUACAUUGAAAUCAAGUGAUUAUUUUGGAAAAUAUUUAGUAUUUUUCUUCUAUCCUUUAGACUUCACCUUUGUCUGUCCCACUGAAAUAUUGGCAUUCAGUGAUAGAGUUGAAGAAUUCAGAAAAAUAAAUACAGAAGUUGUAGCUUGUUCAGUAGACUCCCACUAUACUCAUUUGGCAUGGAUGAAUACACCUAGAAAAGAGGGUGGUUUGGGUAAUGUAAAUUUCCCAUUACUCUCCGACUUAACUCAUAGCAUUGCCAAAGAUUAUGGAGUAUAUUUAGACGAUCUUGGACAUACACUAAGAGGUUUAUUUAUAAUUGAUACUAAAGGAAUUGUGCGCCAAAUCACAAUGAAUGAUUUACCAGUAGGUAGAAGUGUAGAUGAAACACUUAGAUUAGUACAAGCAUUCCAAUAUACUGAUGAAAAUGGUGAAGUCUGUCCAGCUGGUUGGAAACCAGGACAAGAUACUAUUAUACCAAAUCCAAUUGAAAAGAAGAAAUAUUUUCAAAACCACUAGUGUCUUUAAAAUACCCAAUAAAUACUUAAGUUGUAGUAACAAAAACAUCACACACUUGACUGAAUUUUUUGUUUAUUUUCAAACAUCACAAUGUUUUAUAUAUAUUGUAAAAACACUAAUUACAAAAACACAACUAAUUAAAUUAUGAAAAAUGUAAAUAAAAAUUAUAAAAUAAAAUACUUUUU